AUGACAUUGAAAGGAGAUGGAAGGUUCGAGAGGGAAGAGGCAUGCGACGGCUCGACUGACAGAGCUUGGGGUAGCAUCGCGGCUGAUGUUCCUGCAGCGCACGAAUGCAUUAUGAGAUGCCAGAGACAAUUCUUCGAAAGGACCCUGACGACUUACGACUGGGCAAGCUUCAACUGGGCGCGUUUUUACGAUAAUGCUGAGACGAUUCCUUCGGAAGCCUGCGAAACCUUGUUCGCUGCAAAAGACAAGAGGGACGAUUCUCCGCUAUGGGAGCUUUACUGCUGCGACUCGUUGCUCUGCGGCGUUCAGACGAGAGAAAACCCUCGUCAAGAUCCCAACGUCAACAGUAUCAUGCUUCACUGUCAAAAUCGCGGACUUCCUCCUCUCCAUGACCCAGGACCUCCUCCCGGAGGGUACUUGUGUCCUCUAGACUCGGUAGCCCAAGGUGAAGACGGGUUGCCGUGUCAGAGGGCCAAUGCCAAAUUCGGCGAUGUCCUACCGGGAUCUGCGGUAGACGGGGUUUCCAUCACCGUCAUCACCACCGAGACGAAGCCGCAGCCCUCUCUAACGACGACCUCUACAACCACAGCUGCUUCAGACGCAGUGAUACUUGCCCAACCGGACACUUCGUCGAAUUCCAAUGAGGGACCUGGUCCAUUGUCCGCGGGUUCCAGAGCCGCCAUUGCCGUCUGUUGCGUGCUUUUCCUGAUUGUGUUCCUCGUAUCCAUCCUCUGCUACCUCCGUCGCCGACGCCAACGCGAUCAGGGUUACCCCCCGAGUCUUCGAUAUGCCGAUUCCGUCAAACCCGCCGACUCGCCCACCCCUCUCAUCUCACCUACAAUGUCUGCCGAAGCCCGAUCCAGGACGUCGCUGCCACCACUUCGACUUCGGGACCGAAGGCUGCUCCCGACCAUCUUGACUCCAGACCCGGCCUCCAGCGAUCACUUGGGCCACAUGCCAGGGUCACCUCGAGCUCCACCUCCAACGUACAGCAGCUUCCCCCCUUCUCCAUUGCGCUCGCCAGCCACGAGCAAACUCGUGCCGCGGCAUGAACACACCGUCCAAACGGAAGGGCGUUCCUCUGGCACCACGCCCACCGAGACGCUCUCCUUCCGCAGCUCUGGCAGCACCCACACCGUCGGCGUCUCGGCAUACUCUACAGCCACAGCCUCGUCGCCCUCACGUCCGCCGCGGCCCCACGAAUUCCCGCUCGAGAUCCCCGAUCUUGUCAGUCCCGGCCUCGGCUGCGGUGGGCAGACUCCGCGUCCGGGCCCCCCGCCGAAUCGCUCGCUUCCGCCGGCACCGCCUGUCAGUCCUUCUUCGGCAAGCUGGCCGACGCCGUCGAUGAACCACGUGCACGGCGAUGUCGGCGUCGCUGUCGGUGUGGUGUCGCACAGCCAUGCACAGGGCGUGACGCUGCGGCCAGAGUCCCGGGAGCUCUGCGAGCUGACGGAGAGGUACGAGCGGGAAUCGAGGGACAGCUGGGGGAGCUGGGGCGGUAAUGGUGGCAGAGGUCCGGCAGUUGUGGCGCCCGACAUGCAGGGGACGGGGGCAGGGCGCACGAGAGGCCCGGUGCUAGGGGAGGCGGAUCUAGAGAGGAUGGGAGGGAAGUAUUCAACUGGUUAG